GUUAAAGAUCAAAGCAAAUUCAAAAGCGAACAACCCCUAUUUCUUGGAAUGUGAUGAUACAGUGGACUAUGGGGCAGGUGUCGAAAUCUCCAUCUUCUAAUUAGUUGCAGACCUACGUCGAACACCAUUUUUUCUUCUUCAUAGCUACCAAAAGUGCACUUUCGCACGUAUUCGAUCGAUUGACACAUUUAUAUACACUAUUUUGUGGAACAAAAAAGGGGCUUGGAAGAUUAAAGGAAGACAUGAAAGGAAAAGUCUGUGGAGGGAUGCUUUUUCUUGAAUUUUGAACCCCAAUAACUUCAUCUUUUUCUUCUCCGUGUAAUAAAAGUGCAAUCUUUAACUCGUCUUUCUCUCUUUCCACUUUCACCUUUCCCAUAUGUAAAACAACCUUAAUGGCUCCAUAGCUUCAUUCAUAUACGAUCAUCAUUAAAAAAAAUAAAUUUACUGUUGUAUUUUGCUCGAGGAAGAAGAUCAGAAAUGGCUGUGGUACCACAAGAAUCAAUCCAACAGUUCGAAGCAUUGAUUGAAGAAGGAUUCUCUGCAGCCGAUGAAUCGAUUAAAAGAACAUUCCAGAAUAUCCAUCAGGGGUACCCUCAAGAAACUUUGAUGCGCUUUCUCAGGGCAAGAGAAGGAAAUGUCACGAAAGCCUACAAUAUGCUGAUUGAUUGUUUGAAGUGGAGAGUGCAAAACAACAUCGACGACAUGCUAGCAACUCCCAUUGUCCCUCUAGAACUGUACCGAGAUAUUCGUGAUUCGCAGCUCAUAGGAUUGUCGGGUUACUCGAAUGAGGGCCUCCCUGUCUUCGCCGUUGGAGUUGGUCUGAGCAGCUUGGACAGAGCAUCUGUUCAUUAUUAUGUACAAUCACACAUUCAGAUAAAUGAGUAUCGCGAUCGCGUGAUUUUGCCGGCUGCGACCAAAAAGCACGGGAAGCAUGUAAGUAAGUGUAUAAAGGUUUUAGACAUGACUGGUUUGAAACUUUCUGCCUUAAACCAGAUAAAGCUAGUCACGAUCAUCUGUUCUGUCGAUGAUCUGAAUUAUCCGGAGAAAACACUAAGUUAUUACAUUGUGAAUGCGCCGUACAUCUUUUCUGCUUGUUGGAAGGUUGUUAAGCCGCUUUUGCAGGAGAGGACAAGAAAGAAAAUCGAUGUAUUGUCUGGCUGUGGACAGGAUGAUCUCUUAAAGAUCAUGGAUUACUCGGCCCUCCCUCAUUUUUGCUGUAGGAGACAUUCCAGCUCUUCUGAUCGUCUAGAGAAUUAUUCGGACAAUUGCUUUUCCUGGGACCAUCCUUUUCACCAACAACUUUACGAUUACAUUAAGGAACAAUCGAUGGUUUGUCACACUGUCGAACCUGAAAAACAUGGCUCAGUGUGCGAGACUUUGUGCGAAGAUACCAACACAGAAGUCAUUGCCAAAAGUUGUGGAAUUUAAGAAGCCCGAUUCUAACUCUUAUAGUUGCGAAUAUAUAUAUAGUUUUAGUUGAUUUCUUACUAAAAUGGCUGAUGGUUUCAUGGUAUUGAAAUAGGAUGUGCUAGGGUACCAUGUUAGCUAGAUUAUUGUAUGUUCGAACAGCGGGCUGGUGGAUUGCGCUAGAUGUAUGCGCAACAAGUUAGGAUGUAAAUUCUAGUAAUGUUAUUGUAGUCUGGCGCGUAUGGCUCGGACAACAUGGAUUAUAUAUAUAUAUAUAAAUGACAGCAGGAUAUUCGAUCUUUCGCGCUAU